AAUACUUAUGUUGCUCAACAUUCUUAUAAUUCUCCCAAGCUGUCUAGUAAAAUGGAGUCAAUGUGUCUUUCAACCUUUCAAAAUACUCAAGCUAAUCCAAUGAAAACCUCCACUACAAGUUCGGCAACUCAAGUGUCAACUGUUUUCAAAAAUGUGGUAGCCGAGUUACAAUGUGAACUGUCGAAAACACGAAAAAACUGAAUGAGAUGAGAGAGCAACUGAUUAAAAUGGAGGAAUUGCUGCAUAUGCAUAGACUGCGUCUGUUGAAUGCAGAGCAUACAAGUACCCGUGAAAGUCCUGCAAAACUUUUCAAAUCUCGAAUUCUCAAAAAGCAUCUGAUGUCCACGACUUCUAAUGUACAUUAUUACAAAGGGAAUGACUAUAGACCUUCUGUUGGAAUUAUACUACAAAAAAUGGGAAAUCGAGUGGUGAAGAUAUUAGACAUCAAAGAUCACUCAGUUCAUAACAGACACCUGGACAAAGUGACAAUAAAUGAAGUAGGUCGUUCCAAUUAUAAUUUUAAUGAUUCCGCUAAUAAUCCUGAUUUUGUAGAUAAUUCAGAAAUAAGUCCAGAUAAUACUGAUGAAAAUAAUAUCACAGAAUCAGUUAGGUCGCAGCUACUUUCAAGCAAACCGAGACAUCGUUAUAAAUACGCAAGGAGAUAUUCGACGUGUGGCGGAUGUGGUGAUUGACAA